AGUUUUUAUUUUAGUUUGCGUUCAGUGGCCAACGAGUCGAAUUCAUUAUUCGUGAAGAUUAUUUAAAAAAUAAAAAUAAAUAUUUAAAUAAAAAAUAAAAUAAUAAUAAUAAUAAAAAAAUAAAGUAACGAAAAAAAAUUUAAAUAAUUUUAUUAAAAAAUAUUAGCGGUAAAAUAAAUAUUUAAUAAAAAGUGAAACUGAUUUUAUAAAAAUAAAAAAUUUCUAAAAAAGAAAAAUAUCAAAAACAAAAUUUUUAAAACCAUGCCUUCAUUCGGUUAUAUUUGUGCUUUAUUAUUUUUGACCGUGUUGUGCCUUAAUACAGCCGAAGCUGUUUUAAAAUGUUGGCGCUGUUCAACAGAUGUUUCGAAUGGUGAAUUUUGUAAUGAUCCCUUUGAUCCGUAUUCGAUAACAGAUCAACAGCGUUACUGGAGUUAUGUAAAUUGCACUUACUCGGUGGGUGUCAAGUCGGUUAAUGCCCGUCCAGUUUGCAAAAAAUUGGUACAAGAAGUUUAUGGCAAACGUGUUAUAGCCCGCUCUUGUUUCUAUGAGGACGUCGAUGAUCCCGCUGAUAAAUGUGCCCGUGAUACCACUUCUUCUUACAUCAAGACAGUGUUUUGUCAAACCUGUAGUUCUGAUGGCUGCAAUGGUGUCUCCGGUCUAGUUCCCUAUGCAACAUUACUUCUGGCAUCUACAUUUAUAAUAAAAUUAUUUAAAUAAAAUUUAGUUUAAACACUUGUGCUGGAGUACGAAGCUUAAUGUUUUUUUUUUUAUUAUUUUAAACUUAGUUUAACUUAAACUCAUAACAUUUAAUUUAAAGAAGUUUUAGUUAUGUAAUGUAUUUGAGCUAAUUUUAAAGUUUGAUUUAAGCAAAUUGUAAAAGAAUUAAUUUUUUUAUAUAAUUUUGUAAUAGUUAAUAUACAUAUUUGCUUUAAUUAAUUUAAUUUAAAAUUAAAAUAACAAUAUUGUUUUCAUAUUUCCAUCCAAAUCUUUUCUUGUGUUAGUUAAUAAAAAGUUAAGCAAUUCUUCUUAAAAUGUUUCGAAAAUAAUAUUUGAAAGAAAAUUUUCAAAUUUAUAAUCGUGUAUUCAAAUAUUAAGCGAAACUGUUUACCUUUCACCAGCUAAAUCUCUAGUUCCACACCUGCAGUAGGAGGAUAAGAAUAAAUUAAAAAUCAAUUGGCCUAUUAACAUAAAUAAUUAGAUCUUAUGAUUUGCAGAUGUAAAUUCUCUUGUCAUUUCCAAUAGCUACCAAAUUCGUAGAGGCGAUAUCAGAUCCAAAUUCUGCAGGUUAACAAAGAAUUGUUAUAUUUCUAUAUAUAUAUAAAUAUUCAGAUCUUUAUAAUAAAUGUCAUGUUUAUCAAAACUAUUUUCAUUUAAUAUUUUUUGUUUAAUUUUAAAGCUUUAGUAAUAAUAUUUAUGUUUUAAAGUUAAAACAAACGGUAAAGUUGUAAGAAUAAAUCACUUCAUUUACUAUACAUAUUUAGAUUAAAAACUCACUACAUAAAAUAUUAAACAAAUAACACAGUGCCACAAAAGAAAAUAGUUUCACUGGAUGUUUGAUUUUAAAAUUAUUAAUUUCGUAAAAAAUUAAUUUUCAACACUUACAUUCAUUCAUUCUAUUAACAUGAAACUAAUUAUUAAAAUUUGUUUCACUGUAGCACUGUGUGCAAAUAUAAGAAUAAUCAUUUAAUUAGCACUUUUUGUAGUUUAAGAAGGGGCCUUUUCAGAAAUGCAUAACUGCACUGUUUCUAAUGAUAAGUUUGUGAUGCUGAUGCAAAUCAACUGAUGGUCAUUUUAUGAAUUUUAAAAUGUAAAAAAGUUCUUUAAAUGAAUUAUGAAUCUGAAAUUUCUGUGAUGCAUUUCAGAACGUACUCAACAUCAGACACAGUGCAGUAGUCAUAUUUCGCAACAGGUCCAAGUAUUAAUUUAUUAUUUUUUGUAAAUUUUCGAAAAAAAAAGAACAAUUCUAUAAGCAAACACAUUUAUACAAAUUGAAGCAAAUUAAUGCUGAAUCUUAAAACAAUCAUUUGUAAAUUUUUUAAAAUGUAUUUUAUUUUAUAAAAAGUUCAAUAAAAAGGAAAUUAAAAAAA